CUAAUUUAAGCUUAAUAUUUUUCUUACAAGUUCAAACUCUUGUCACUAAUCUGAGCUUAAUAUAUAAGUGGAAGCAAGGUAAGGACGGACUUUUUUCUCCCAAAUUACCUAGCUUAUAUAAAUUGAAAUGGAGUAUUUAAUUCUUCAAAUUUAAUUGUCAAAUGAUCUACGAGUCCUUCCCUCCUUAAGGCACCAAAUUUUGUUUGAGUGAAACCAAGAAAGUAUCCCAUGGUAUCAUGUGAUGAUCACUGGAUUCAGACACAAGCCAUCCUUUCACUUUCUUGUUCCAAUAUUUUCACUCUCCUUUCCCUCUCCAAAAUGGGUCUCUUCUUCAGCUCAAAAAACACCAUCUUCACAAACCCCAUUGAAUCACCAACCCCACCUCCAAAUCACCAAGAAACAAAAACCCAAUUACGAAUUCUCACUUGUUUCAGCCUUCAAGUCUUGUUCAACAGAUUCUCGUAUCACACAAGGCCAACAACUUCAUUCCCUUGUCUUAAAAUCUGGCCUUGAAUCCAACAUUUACAUCCUAAAUAGCUUAAUUACUUUUUAUGUAAAAUGUGGAUUAGUAACUGAUGCUAAGACAAUCUUUGACACUUGUACUAGGUUAGAUGCAGUGUCUUGUAACAUAAUGUUGUGUGGGUAUGUGAAAUUUGGGCUUUUGGACGAAGCUCGUGUGGUGUUUGAUAAAAUGGCUGAGAGAAAUUGUGUGUCUUAUACGACUAUGAUAAUGGGUUUGGUGCAGAAGGGGUAUUGGAGCGAGGCUAUUUGGGGUUUUCGGGAUAUGAGGUACUUUGGUGUUGGUCCAAAUGAGGUGACUAUGGUGAAUGUCAUCUCAGCUUAUUUGCAUUGUGGAGGGGUUGAGGUGGGUAAGAUGCUUCAUGGGUUGGUGUUGAAAGUUGGGGUUACGGAUUUCGUUCACGUAUCCACCAAUUUGCUUCAUUUGUAUUGUCUUAGUGGGUGUUUAAAGGAUGCUAGUAUGUUGUUUAAUGAGAUGCCUCAAAAAAAUGUGGUUUCCUGGAAUGUGAUGCUGAAUGGGUAUACUAAGGCUGGGUUAGUUGAUUUAAGUAGAGAGGUUUUUGAACAGAUUGUUGAUAAAGAUGUGGUUUCCUGGGGUACAAUUAUUGAUGGUUAUUUGCAAGUGGGGAGGUUGAGUGAGGCUGUCAGAAUGUAUUCUGAAAUGCUAUAUACUGGGCUGCGUCCUAAUGAUGUUAUGAUUGUAGACUUUCUAUCAACAUGUGGACAAGUGAUGUCUAUUUAUGAGGGUAGGCAGUUUCAUGGUGUAGCAGUGAAGGAGGGUUUUGAUAUCUUGGACUUUAUACAGGCAACAAUAGUUCACUUUUAUGCAGCUUGCGGGGAAGUUGAUCUUGCUCGUUUGCAGUUUGAAGUAGGAAACAAGAACCAUGUUGCAUGUUGGAAUGCCCUAAUUGCAGGACUUAUUAGAAAUAGAAAAAUUGAUGAGGCGAGACAUUUAUUCGACCGAAUGCCUGCAAGAGAUGUUUUCUCGUGGAGCUCGAUGAUUUCUGGUUAUUCACAAAGUGAGCAACCUGAUUUGGCCCUUGAGCUUUUUCAUGAGAUGUUAGCUAAUGGCGUAAAACCAAAUGAAAUAACUAUGGUCAGUGUCCUCUCUUCUAUUGCUACUUUGGGAACAUUUAAAGAAGGUAGAUGGGCUCAUGAUUAUAUUUGCAAAAACUCCAUCCCUUUGAAUGACAACUUGAGUGCAGCACUGAUUGACAUGUAUGCCAAAUGUGCUAAUGUCAAUGAUGCCUUGGAGGUAUUCAAUCAAGUUCGAGAGAAAGCAGUUGAUGUCUCACCAUGGAAUGCCAUUAUUUGUGGCCUGGCAAUGCACGGGCACGCGCAUUUAUCUCUUGAUAUUUUCUCAGAUUUGCUGAGGCGAACCAUUAAACCCAAUUCAAUCACCUUCAUUGGAGUCUUAAGUGCAUGUUGCCACGCUGGGUUGGUGGAGGCUGGUGAACAGCAUUUCCAGAGCAUGACUAAAUUGUAUAAUGUAAAACCAAAUGUUAAGCACUAUGGUUGUAUGGUGGAUCUUUUUGGCAGAGCAGGAAGGUUGAAAGAAGCUGAAGAGCUAAUAAGGAGCAUGCCUAUGGAGGCAGAUACCAUCAUAUGGGGCACAUUGUUGGCUGCUUGUAGAACUCAUGGUAACACAGAAAUAGGAGAAAGGGCUGCAGAGAACCUUGCAAGAGUGGAGCCAUCUCAUGGUCCUAGUAGGGUCCUUCUCUCUAACAUUUAUGCGGAUGCCGGCAAAUGGGAUGAUGCAUUUCUAGUAAGGCAAGCUAUGCGAAGUCUAGGAUUGACAAGGUCAACUGCUUAUAGUGGCGUUGUAUGAUAAAAUCAAUUUUGUUAGCUGUUGCUGCAGCGAAAACUCUUUUUGGCAUUGGUCUGCCAAGAGAAGAGUUCUCCUAAUUUUUUUGAGUGNCCGAAUACAGAGUUAAUAUCAGCAUCUAGUCUAUCUUGGCCAA